AUGGGUGCCAAGCCUUGCAUUUGUGUGCUGCGGGCAGAAUUUGACUGUCCGACGAACCGGGAUCGCUGGAGCUGUUGCGGGUCUGAUGCCUUUUACAGGGAUGAGUUUCUGGAGGAGGAAGCCUUCGCACCCAAGGCGAGCCUGACAGGCCUGGUCUGUGAACAAGCAAGGCUGAAGUCGAUGAAAGGACUUGUCUUCUUGGACUACACCAAGUUUUCGGCCGCGCAGGCCGCAACAGUGGGGGUCUUAGCAAUGGACCAACAACAAGCGGCACAGGUCCUCCAGUCGCUCCAGGAACUACAGACCGAGGUCAAUCGACUAAGAGGCCGAGAAGCUGAACUGACAGCACAGGUCGCUUCUUUUGGUGCCGGUUCGGCUGCUUCAGCUGGACCUGGCAGUGCACUGGCACAGUUGGUGCAGUCACAAAAGGAGCUUGUGGACGCCCUUAGAUCGAAAGAACAAGUCCGGUUGGUCGACAACAAGGGCCUUGGCAAGCCCGACAAGUUUGAUGGGACAGCCGAAAGAUUCUUGUCAUGGAAAAUCAAGACGUCCUCCUAUCUUGCAAGUGUUCGCAAAGACCUUCGUGAGAUUCUGGUUUGGGCCGAAGAUUGCGAUCAUGCAAUCACUGCAGAUGACAUCGACAAGGCUUUUGGGAGUCAAGCAGAUGCCAUUGACCAGGUGUCGAACAUCAGUGAAUUGAGACGCGAGCUUUGGGACGCGCUGCUAAUGCUGACAGAGCGUGAGCCCUUUGACAUCGUGCUGAACACCGGGGAAUGCGGCAUCGAAAGCUGGAGAAAGCUCACGCGGAGGUACGACCCAUCCACUGGUGGUCGCAAACGCGCUCUCCUCAAUGCAAUCUUGUCACCGGCUCGAUCCAAGAUGGAAGAUUUGCCGUCCAACCUGGAGAAGCUUCUUGACAGCAUCAGACUUUAUGAACGUCGCAAAGACGCAUCUGGCAACCGAACGAUGUUGGCAGAAGACAUCAAGAUCAACGUGAUUGAACGAUUGGUGCCGGCAGAGCUCGAGCGUCAUCUCGUUCUCAAUCGAGAUCGCUUCAAGACGUUCGAGUCCAUGCUGUCCGAGAUCCAGUCCUAUGUGGAACAUGCCACCGGCAACAAGAUCAAGGUGGUGAAUAGCCAGCCCUACGACGCACAUGGCCGUGGGGACGAUCCUAUGGAUGUCGGAAGCUUUGGAAAAGAUGCGAAGGGAAAAGGUAAGGGCAAGAAGGGAGCUGGAGGAAAACCUGGAAAGGGAAAUGCAACAGCUGAGAAGAGAACAUGUCACAACUGCGGACGCCCAGGACAUCUGCGGGCAGAUUGCUGGGCACCUGGAGGCCCCAAACAUAAGGGGACGGGUGGCAAAGGCAACAGCAAUCAGAAUAAGGACAAGGGCAAGGGCAAAGGCAGCCCCGGAAAGCACAAGCAGAAGCCCAAAGGAGGCAAAUCUGUGAACAACGUCGAACAAGGUGAACCAGAAGCAGAAGACUGGGACGCAGCUGAUGGCGACGAUGGUCAACAAGCAGCAAAUGGUUUAACGCUCUAUGGUGUUGAUGGGCCACCACAUGACGAGGAUGACGACGAAAGUUUCCAGGUCGAUCCCGAGUCCGAGGAGUCGGAAGCCUCGACAAGUCGCAGAAGGUGGUUUUCUUUGCCUCACCCACGUGCAUCAUGGCCUGAAGAGUGGGACGACCCCGACUAUGAUGGACCGAGUGGAUCGAGCACCUCGAACGCCACAGGGAAGACCCAAGAGGGGCAGAAGUCCAAAGAGCUCAGCACCAAAGAGAGGCAAAGCAAGCAGAUCAGGGCCAGUCACUCCGGAGUCAGCACUCCGACGCUUUCGAAUGACUUCGAUGACACCACCACCAAGGAGAAGGUUGAGGUGAAGCCACCACCACCUGUCAAGGCAUCAUCGGCAGCUUCGACUUCAGGUUCUCGACUUGUCCAGAUGCUGAAGGCUGCGCUGAGUUCACAAAUCCGCAAAGUCCAAGAAGAAGAUCCUGGUUCAGGAGAUGGCCAGGCAGAUGCGAUGUUAGCGGCUUUGAGGACUAGAUCUGUCAAGGCACCGCACAUCACAAAGCAGAACAUCAGCGAUCCUUCUUUCCACGACUCGAGAUACCAUGCCGAGAUUGCCAAAGGUGUUGCACACAAUGUGGCCUGGAGAAAUGAACGUUUGAGAAGACGUGCAAUCGUCCACCGACGAGGAGGAGUCAAGGCACGUGCGGCUGAAAGGAUUCGACUUGACAAAGAAUGGCAUGAACGCUUUGACAACCCAGAAAAUCCAGAAGGCAUAGUGAGAAUCGAGGAUGAAGACAACUUGGAUGCGGGCAUCGAGACGGUGGUUGUGGGCAAAGCUGGUCAGAGCACAGUGAUAGAGUUUUCAAUGGAAGAGCGGAAAACUUUGAGGCAGUUCCCGGACGACGAGGCCAAGUUGCUGCGGAAGGAUCCCAAGAAGAAACCCAUGACCAAGCGUGUUCGAAGCGUUGGGUACAGGGUGAAGAAGAAUCGCAACCGCAAUGUGGCGCGCAAGAUGGCGAGGAAGAACCGACCAGCCUUGGUUCUGAAGGAAAACACUGAAGUGAACGCAGAUGAAGAUGAUGAUGAAAUGGAAGAGGUCUACAUCGAAGAGCCUGAUGAGCCUCGAGACCGACCAGGCAGAGGAGACCCCGAUGGUGGAGCUGGAUCGGCUCCUGCUGCAGUCUACAGCUUGGGGGCCUCUGACGACUGGCGAAAAUGGGAACGAGCAGAGUUGAACAUCGACACCGGUGCUGCCAUCACUGCAGUACCACUUGACUUCGCCAAGGACUACCCGAGGAGCGAGUCCAAUGGAGCAAGCUACAAGGCAGCCAAUGCGGAACCCAUCGAAGAUCAGGGAAGUGUGAAGCUGGUGGGAUACGACGAAUCUGGCAACAAGAUCCCAAUCGAUUGCCGAGUUGCAGAUGUGCAUCGGCCACUUCUUUCAGGUUCCGAGAUCGCCAAGAACUACCACAUCGCCCUUGGACCAUCUUCGGGGAGAUUGAUCCCAAGAAACACUCCUGCGGGACGGGCCUAUUCGAAGGCCAUGAAAGAUCUGAUCCGAGAUUAUGGCGAUUCAAUGCCCAUUGUGCACAAUCGCCGAGGAGUAAGACCACAAAUCAACGCUGUUGGCGAGGAUCCAGCUGUUUCAGCCGGAGCCGAUGCCAUGGAAGAUGGAGGCGAUGUUUCAGCCGCUUCGGCCGGAGCAGGGUCCUCAGGCGAUGUUCCAGCUGCUUCAGCCGGAGCAGAUGCCUUUGAAGAUGAAGUUGAUUUGGAAAUCGGUGAAGAACAGAGGAAAGCCAUUGUGAAGAAAGAACCACAUCAACCAUCCCAAGCUGAAGUUGACGAACAUGAAAGCACUGGACAUGUUGUCCAUCGGAGCUGGUGCUUGCACUGCAAAAGGGCACGUGUGACUGCUGAUCGCCAUGUGCCUAAGGAACUUGAUGAGCCAGAAACGCAGUUGCCCACGCUGAGCCUGGACUACUUCUAUAUGAACCAGGACCAGGUUGCGGAUGAGGCGACCCUUCCGAGCAUUGUGGUGAAGUGCCACAAGACCAAGAGAUUUUGGGCGAGCGUUCUCCCGGGAAAAGGGGCGGAUGCGUUCGCAAUCGCGCCGAGGGCCAAUCGUGGGGGCAAGAGAAAUGACCUUGCUCCAAGGGUAUCCAUUGGGAUGUACGUUGGAACUGGAAACAGAAAUUCAGACGUCUUUGUCAUGACGGAACGUGGAAUCAUGAAGGGGAACUCGAUCCAUCGACGCCCACCUGACGAUCAGUUCAAACAUGAUCAGUUUGACUCGCUACGUGGCCUUCCUUGGAGGUUGCAAGAACGAGAACAUGGUGGACUGAGGAUCGCCCUUCCCGAUGUUGCAGCGCCUCGUGAAAGGCCUGCAGUGCAAGAAGUGAUCCCAAGGAACCUCUAUGUCACCAAGAAUGACUUGGAAAAGCAUGGGCACACACCUUUGUGUCCUGGAUGUGAAGCAGCAAUACUUGAGAUGCCAAGCCGAGCUCACAAUGCUGAGUGCAGACAAAGAAUCCAGAUCGAACUUGACAAGACUCCAGAAGGUCAAGAAAGGAUCAAAAGAGCGAGAGAGAGAGUUGCACAAGGCAGGCGCCCAAGAGGCGCGGCUGCACCGCCUGAGGGUGGUGGGGCAGAAGGUGGUGAAGCUACACCACCAGUUGUCCCAGGAGGGGAAGUUGAACAACCAGUCUUGCAAGACCGUGUUCCUUUGGAUGCGGAAAUGGAUGCAAGUGAGGCUGUUGGUGAACCACUGGUCGACACCGAUUUUCGUGGAGAACUCAGACAGAGAGAACAAGAAAGAGAAGGAAGCCCAAAGAGGCAGAAACAAGAACAAUCCCGAGGAGAGAAAAGGAGUUCACAAGUCGACGUUGAAGAUCUUUACAAUGAAUCUUCAGCUCAGGCUUCAGGGUCAGCCGGACCACCGGCACCGGAUGCUUCAUCUGGUGUUCCGGAAGGUGCUGCCGCUGCACCAACAAGUCCUGAGACAAACCAGGAGAUGCUACAUCUGUGUUCCUUGCUCAAAGAUGUGAUCGCAAAAGGGAAGGUUGCUGAGAUCUUCUCUCCACCGCGUGUGGCUGCACAAGCCCAAGUGGUCGGGCUAGCACCUGGCUUCUCGAUUGACUUGGAGACAAAGCGUGGUGAUGGAACUCACUGGGACUUGAGUAAAGAUGAACACAUUCGUGAUCUGUUUCAACUGCUUGACUAUGAGAAACCAGAGUUCCUCGGCGGCUCACCUCCCUGUGGGCCAUUCUCGAAGCUGCAAAACAUUGUGGAUGCGAAGGGCAAUGUUUCACCUGAAGUUCGAGCGCAGAGACUAAAAGAUGGUCGCAAACAUCUGCGCACGGCAGUUUCAGCGUAUGAGCAUCAAAUGAAUGCUGGAAGGUACUUCUACCAUGAGCACCCUAAAGGGGCCGCUUCGUGGGAAGAGAGAGCUGUGAAGAGACUGAGGGCAGAUGAACGGGUGUAUGAGGAGGAGUUUUGGAAGCAGCUGCCCGACAGCGAUGACACCAUCGUGGAGCCAGUGCUUGACGCACACUCCGGUGCUGUCUUGGAUGUUGACAAGGUCAGAGCCUCGAGCACUCUUCAGAGCACGAUCAGCUUGAGUUCCGGUGAAGCGGAAUACUACUCGAUCGUUCGAGGAGUUUCCAUCGGAAUGUCGCUACAGGAGAUCUUGCGAGGAUGGGGCCUACAACCAAAACUUAAAGUGCACACAGAUUCAUCCGCUGCGCUGGGAACAUGUAACCGUCAGGGCUUAGGCCGCUCACGGCAUGUUCAAACUCGCUUUCUGUGGGUGCAAGAAAAGCUUGCACUACAUGAAUUCGAACUGGUGAAGAUCCCGACAAAGCAGAACGUAGCUGAUUUGUGCACCAAAGGUUUACCUGCGAAUGAGAUGGAAAGACACAUGCAAAGCAUGGGGUUCGAGUACUCUCAUGGUAGAGCCGAAGCUGCAAAGGCUUUGGAAUGA